AUGGCUCGCCCUCAAGAGAGCAGAUUGAAGGGAACAGCAAAAGAAAAGAAUGAGAGUCAACCUGCAGUAUCACAAGAUUCCUGCAUGCUUCUGCGACUUCCGGGUGAGAUACGCAACCUGAUCUAUUCGCACCUCUUCACCUCGACAAGACUCACCUUUGGCGAACGGAGCACAAGCCGUGUUUCCGCCAAAAGAAUGAAGCCUGCACCCAACUCUCUGGCAAUACUACGUACAUGCAGCCUGGUUAAACAAGAAGCAGGAGGUCUUUGGCUUGGUCAAGUCUUGUUCAACUUUGAAAAUCCAGAAGAUAUGCUUGACAAGCUCUCAGAGCUUCCUUCGACUACGCUUUCUCAGAUCCGUUAUAUCCGUGUGGGUGACGAUGACGAUGUAUACUACAGGCUUGUAUGGGUCCUCAAGUUACUUCCAGACUUGUGUCUGGAUACGCUCAGCGUUCUCGGCAUGUCUAAUGGCGACAUUGCCUACGACACCCUUAGCGGUUUAGUUAAGUACGGUAAUGGAUGGAAGGAGCUUCGAUACAUUACACCUAACUCUGAGAUGCUCGGCUUUAAGAGGCUGGAUUUGUUCAUGGCAGACCCAUACUGGCGGCAACCUCAACCGAGCACUUGGAAUGACAUUCUGAUCCAGCGGGACGGUCUGGAUUCCAGGGCCUCCGUCACAAUUUACCGCUCUACUCAAUCUGGUACGCCAGGCGCAGUGCUCAAACCAGAGACACGUCAGCUCUUUGAGCAAAAGCCGUCUACAGAAGAUCUAGAAAUGUUCGGAGUGGAAGAAGACAAGCAGCUGCUAGGAAUGAAUGAAAGAGGAAAAGAAUUACUAGUGGUCGUAAGACGAGGUUAUCAAGCUGACAUCUCAGAACAAGAUAGUCCCCCGUAUUUAUUGGAGAACGACAUUCGGCAAUGGGCGCAUGGCUUGACUUGGGCAGAGAUUCGGCGCCAGUGCAUUGACUUCUUAGCCGAGAGUAGUGACGAUGACGAUCCCGACUUUAUAGAGAAAGGUGAGGACGUCGAGGCCGAUAGGUAUAAUGAUGUUGACGAGUACGAAUGGAAUUCUGUCAUCUAG